AUGGUUUUAAUUAAAGGUUUGGUAAUUCUCUUCCUAUGUACAACAUCACUUGUGCAUUCACAGAAGGAUGAUUGGUGGAAAUCAGCCACAAUUUAUCAAAUUGCACCAUUAUCGUUUAAGGACACUACAGGUGAUGGAAAGGGCGACAUUCAAGGAAUAAUCUCUAAAUUGGAUUAUAUUGCCGAUACUGGAAUUGAGCCUUUCCACGCGAAAAUGAGACUCGGCUCAAUUGAUGUUAUUCUUGUUAGUCCAUUCUUCCAAACACAAAUGAUCGAUUUCGCUUAUGACAUCUCAAAUUAUAUUGAAGUAGAUUCGAUAUUCGGUACAAUGCAAGAUGUAGAAGAGCUCUUUUCAAAAGCUAAGGCAAAAGGCUUGAGAGUUAUUCUUGACUUUGUGCCAAAUCAUACGUCAAAUAAGCACGAGUGGUUCAUAAAAUCGGAAGUUGGAACCGAUGGAUAUAAAGACUUUUACAUCUGGCACGAUGGAGCUAAACAGAUAAAUGAAGGACGUAACUUACCACCAAACUCUUGGCAAUCAGAGUAUGGUGGAAGUUCAUGGACAUGGAGUCCAAUGAGAGAAGCUUAUUAUUAUCAUAAAUUUGCCAAGGAACAGCCUGACUUGAAUCUUGGCGAGGAACUUGUUGUACAAAAAUUGAAUGAAGUUCUUAAAUUUUGGCUUGAUAAAGGAGCUGAUGGAUUUAGAUUGGAUGCCUCGUCUCAACUAUUUGAAGAUCCAUCGUUCCUUGAUAAACCUGACAAAAUGAAUGAUCUUCCACAAACUUAUGAAUUAAUUGAAAGAUGGAGGAAGUUCCUCGACGACUAUUCACAGACUGAAAGUAAAAUUUUAAUUCCACAAAUCUGGAAUGCGCCAAUCGAUGACUUAAUGCGAUACUAUGUCAGUGAAGACGGAACCCAACGAGCUCAAGUACCAAUGAACUUUAUGCUUAUUAAUGAGCUUAAUAAAAACUCAACAGCAAGCGAUUAUAAGCGCGUAAUCGAAAAAUAUCUUAAUGCUCUACCGACAGGUGCUAUCGCAAACUGGUUUCUCGGCAGUCAUGACCAUAAUCGUGUUGCGUCACGCAUGGGACGGGAUAGAAUUGACGGUUUAAUGAUACUUUUGCAAACACUACCCGGCAUUUCAUUUACAUAUUAUGGUGAUGAGAUUGGAAUGGAAGAUAAUAUGGAUAUAUCGUGGGAAGAUACAGUAGACGUACAAGCAUGUAAUGCAGAUAAGGAUAGCUAUCAACCGCUCUCGAGAGAUGUAGCGCGUACACCGUUCCAAUGGGACACGACUGAAAAUAGCGGAUUUACAAGUGGAAAGUCAUGGCUUCCUGUACAUUCAGGCUAUGUUGAAAAUAAUCUCGAGAGUCAAAUGAGUGCGAAUAAAAGUCACUAUAAAUUAUUUAAGGAAUUAACAGCAUUGAGGAAGAAUGCAACACUCGCACUUGGUGAUAUCGAAAUUAAGGUUCUCGGGAACAAUACACUGGCUUAUUCAAGGACUUAUGAGAAGGUUUCGUACCUAAUUGUAAUUAAUCUUAAUAAUCAAACAGAAGUGGUUAAUGCUAGCGGAUUUAAAGCCAAAUUAAAUGAGGAAUCAAAAAUUCGCAUAGCUUCAACGAAUUCAAAGCAUGAAAUUGACGAGAUUGUCAAUUUAAGCAAUCUACAGUUGACUCCAUACGAUGCUAUUAUCAUAGAAUAUUAUUCAUCAGCUACAAAAGUAACUUUAUCGCUUCUUGCUGUCAUGAUGAUCAUCAUAAAAAUAUUUUUAUAAAUUGGAACAUAAUUUUUGCACCAUCAAAAGUCAUGAAAAAUUCAUGAAAGCUAUUUGGGAAU